AUGGCGGCGCAAUCCUGGGCGUAUCCAGGACUCGCCCAUGUACAUGUGUGUCUCUUUACCAACGUCAAGAAUUCUAGCGCGAUAAGAGCUCGCCUGGUCAGCGCGGCAUCUACGCCUGGCGAAGCAGGCGACGUGGAAAGGGCCGCCGUUAAUUUUGCGUUUAUAGACGCCGCCCCCAUCAUAGACUCGCUUCACUUGCAGACCGCAGUGCUUCAUGCCAUCCUUUCAUUCCAAAGUAACCAACUUCGAACCAAGAGCGUUCAUUCUGAAAUCCUGUUUGCUCUGAACCCGAGCAACAACAUCACGGAAUCAAUCAGGCGAUUCGGCAUUAGUAAUUCGACGACGUCGAUUAUUCUUGUCAGAGUGGAGAAUUGGACGUCUGGUCCUUCUCGCCAGGACGACGGUUUAUAUGAGAGCAUGAGAUCCAUAGUUCAGGGUGACGUGCUUCCUUUGACCCAUCUAAGCGACAUCACAGAUUGGGGAUUGGUAUCGAAGUAUUACAAGAUCAAUCAGUCCUACCUUCCACCAAGCUCCCUUGGGAAUAGCCCAACAUAUAUCAAAAGCAUUGCGGACACCAAACGAGUACGAGAGAUUGUCAUAAGCACUGUAGCGACAAAAAUGGUGAUGUAA